AUAGUUUUAAUUUCAAAUAAACUAAGGAUUCCCACACUGUUAACUGUUUCAUUCAAUUUCAGUUUGAGAAAACCAAAAGUAAAGCACAAUAAUGAAACUUACUUUACUAUGUGAGUAUAUGAUUGGUCUCCACCUUGGUCAUAUGAUUAACAAACAGUGGAAGUGUGUCUUUGUAAGCUAUAAUCAUAAGGAACUGAAAAGCAGUCCGUUUCAGUCAGAACUCAGACUUGCUAAAAACCGAGACAGAGAUGAUCAACUCCUCUCUCUAUAGUGACAAUGAUUUGUUACAGGACAGCUGGUCAUCUGGAGGGAACAUUGCAGCCUGUGUGAUCCUGGGGGUGUGUUUCCUGGUGGGCACACCUGGGAACCUGCUGGUGGUGUGGACCAUCGUGAAGCACGUGAAGCAGCGUUCACACACAGUGCUUCUCAUCCUCCACCUGGCGGUCGCAGAUCUUCUGGUGCUGGUCACUCUGCCGCUGUGGAUCUACUCGCUGGCCCGCUCCUGGGUGUUCGGAGAGGCUGCCUGCAAAGCCAUGGUGUAUAUCAUCUAUGCCUGUAUGUACAGCAGCGUCUUCAUCAUCACCGUCAUGAGUGUGGAGCGCUUCAUGGCUGUCAGAUACCCCUUAAAGAUGUUGUAUUGGCAAAACAGGAUGUCCUUGGCCAGAAUACUGCCAGUGAUCUGGAUCCUGUCAUUCCUUUUGGGGAUUCCUGUCAUCAUAUCCCAGUAUAUCGAUGAAGAAGAGGAUGGAGUGAAACAUUGCUUCUCCCGGACGUACAGCUCUUUGUUCUCUGAAGUCUUUUGUUUGUGUUUGGAGACUCUGCUUGGCUUCGUUAUUCCAUUUCUCACACUUGCGAUCUGCUACUGUCAGGUCGCCGUUCAUCUCCGAAAGGUGCGCUUUAAGACCAAGAAAACGGGCUUUCUCAUUUGUGGCGUGGUCGUGGCCUUCAUUGUGUGUUGGUUGCCUCACCACAUCCUCAAUGUCGUAGGGAUGGUGGUUCUUCUAGUAGGACAAUCAGAUGAAUGGUCUCAAAUACCAAACAGUGUUGUCUUCAUUUCUGGAGCGCUGGCAUUUAUCAGUAACUCAGUAAACCCUGUGCUGUAUGCGUUUGCGUCUAAAAACUUACAUGGAAGUCUGAAGAAGUCUGGGAUCGUGAAGCUGUUUCAGGACAUAACAACGCAAACACAGCAAGGCUUCUUACAGGAUUCUGGACAGCAGGAUGGAAAGAUCCUUGAAGACCUCAAUGGUGGUGAACAAGAGGGAUCUCACAGAUCUCUGAGUAACUGUUAGACUUGUAAUAGACUUGAAAUGUUUAUAUUUUCUUAGCUGUCAACUUUAUUUAAAUGGCAUAAUAUUUCUUCUUCUACUUGUUUUUAACUUGUUUAAAUGUCAUAAUAUUUCUGUUUGUUACUAGUCAAAAUUGUUUAAAUGACAUGAUAUUCAUCGGUUUUUGUGGUCAAAAUUUUAAAUGACACAACAUUUAGAUUUUUAACUGAUGAUACUUGUUUACAUUUUUACAACAUCUCAAAUAUUUGUGAUCAAAGUUGUUUAAAUGCCAUUACAUUUGAACUUGUUUACAGGAACUUUGCCAUAAUAGUUGAUUUUUUGGAAUUGUUAAAGUUGUUUAAAUGUCAUAAUGCUUAAAACAGAGGUGAAAACUGAUUUAAAAAUAAAUCAAUAAAAAGACUCACCCAAACUGUCAGAAAUUCAUGAGUGUAAACACAAUCCGUAAUUGUGUCCACUUUUUAUACAGAAGUUGUAUAUCUGAAUUCAUGGUUGUGAUGCUCCUCCCAUGCUAACGUACACACUUUUUCGAAGA